AUGGCCAAGUACUAUGACGAGAUCCCGUUGAAACUCAUCGAAUGGAUCUUGAAGCAGCAGAUGUUUUGGGUGGCUACGGCUGCGCUGCAGGGGGAUGGGCAUGUCAAUGUCUCUCCCAAGGGCACUGCGGGUUGUUUCCACGUCGAGAGUCCUACCAGAGUUUGGUAUGAGGAUCUUACUGGCAGUGGUGUCGAGACGAUUGCGCACAUGCGCGAGCCCGGAAACCGUCGUAUCACGAUUCUCUUCAACGCGUUCGAAGGACCCCCGAGAAUCCUCCGCUUGUGGGGAAAAGGCACCGUAUACGAAUUCGGCACGCCAGAAUACAACGACUUCAUCCCCCCGUCCAACCGUAAAGCCGGCUCGCGUGCCAUCAUCGUUAUCGAUGUGGACAAAGUCGGAACGUCCUGCGGCUUCGGCGUUCCGUUGUACAAAUAUGAGACCCAGCGUACGAUUCUCGAGCGUUGGUGUGACUCCAUGGAAAACUUUGAUCGUGAUGGCGAGCCACGCCAAGCCCCUCCUCCAUAUGAAUCCGAAUCCCUCGUAAAAGACCCACGUGGGAUCAAAGCAUGGUGGACUGCUGAGAAUAUCAAUAGUUUUGACGGCCUUCCGGCCCUACAACAUGCACACGACAGCAGCGUCCCGCCCAUCAAUACAUUCGACAAAAAGGCCCCCCAUCCUAGUCUUGGUCAGAUUAGGGCUGCGGCAGGGAAAAAGGCUGAGGAGAGUAAUGCUAACGUCAAGUCGAGUUCGGGGGAGACAAUAAGACUGAUGAUGGCUUUUGGAAUGGGGGUCGUGGUGACGGCGGGCUACAUGAAGUUUGCUACUUCGUUUGUUCCGGUGUCUUGGAAAGCGUGA